AUGCCUCCCAAGUUCGAUCCCAGUGAGGUUAAAAUUAUCUACCUCCGUGCCACCGGUGGUGAAGUAGGUGCUUCAAGUGCUCUUGCACCCAAGAUCGGUCCUCUUGGUUUGUCUCCCAAGAAGGUCGGUGAAGAUAUUGCCAAGGGUACCAAGGAUUGGAAGGGUCUUCGUGUCACUGUCCAAUUGACCAUUCAAAACCGUCAAGCUCAAGUUUCUGUUGUUCCUUCCGCUUCCUCUUUGGUCAUCAAGGCUCUUAAGGAACCCGUUCGUGACCGUAAGAAGGAAAAGAACAUCAAGCACUCUGGUAACAUUUCCUUGGACGAUGUUAUUGAAAUCGCACGUACUAUGCGUUUCAAGUCUUUGGCUCGUGAACUCAAGGGUACCGUUAAGGAAAUUCUCGGUACUGCUUUCUCUGUCGGUUGUACCGUUGAUGGACAAAGCCCCAAGGAUAUCCAAGAUGCUAUUGACGCCGGUGAAAUCGAAAUUCCCGAAAAAUAA